UCAUUCGACUCUGGGAGAUCCUUCUCCGCCCCUCUUAAAAUAAAGCGACUGGCUAUCAUUUUGGUUUCGUAUUCUACACAGAACUAAGGUAGCACCUGCACUUUUGUUCUAUAGUUUGUUAAUAAUGAAUAGACCUUCUGGUUAUGACGUGGACACUGAAAAACGAACUGUUGGUCUUCGAAAUUUAGAAGAACGGAUUUUUGUAUUACUUUUAGCGCUUGUCGGAGUCGCAUUUGGAGGUUACGUCAUUUACUUGAUGUACAAUAGCGUCACUAUCAGUGAAAGAUGAUCAGACGAGUCGGGAGGUUUCAACGGGUAUAUAAUUCUUGAGUAAUUGUUUUAUGAUUUUUUUUAAAUUUUAACAUUGUAAUAAAGAAGUUUCAUUUCUGA